AUGAAAUCGGCCGACAGACCUCGCACCAAAUGCUUCACCGGGUGCUGGACCUGUCGUGCACGCCGUGUAAAAUGCGACGAAGAAGCACCAUCAUGUCGACGUUGUCGGCUAUUUGGCGUCCAAUGCGAAGGAUACGGCGUCCGCUUGAACUGGGUCCAUCUGAAUUCAUCGAAUAUCUUUGACGAGGCGGGCCAUGACGUUGACACUGCCUCGCUGAACAAGACGCCGCGGCGAGCUUUGGCGCACUUGGGCGUUUCAUCCAUCCCACGGCUUCCAACCCCAGAAGUCGACGUGGCACUAUCAUACAUUGAUGAAUGGCUUCCUGGACUGGAGAGACGACUCGACCAAGGAGGUUUCUCCGUAUUCGCCAUCGAUUCUGUCCCGUCGGGGACCUCUGACCUGGCGGCCCCGACACCGUCUGACUCGGCAUACCGGGACACUGCGGAUCAAACUAUCGACGACGGAGGGAAUGGGAUCCCAUUAUCAAGCACAAUUAGCCCCUCUGCGUCAGAGACUCGCCGUGCCAGAGAUACCGUACCAGUCGCACAAACGCUCUUAAGCCUCUCAAACAACGACUACAACCGGCCGUCAACUCCCACCAACACCGUCGCUGAACGGCGUCGAAAGCACCCGAGCCCAGGGAACUCCCGCCACUUGGACGCUCUAUCAAUGCCAUCGAGUCAGAAAAGGCUGAUACAUCACUGGGUGACCUUUACCAGCCGCAAACUCGUCCUCAUUGACGAGCCGCACAACCCGUGUCGCAUCAUGAUGCUUCCCAUGGCUCUCAAAGGCCUCAUGUCCAAUGCAAAAGAGUCAAACUCCAAUGUUGUCAUUUUCCAUGCUCUCUGUGCCUCUGCCGCCAGCAAUCUCUACGAACUAAGUGACCGAACCAAUGAGCAAGAUCGUAUGCUUGCCCUCAACCACGAACAACAAGCCAUUUGCCAUUUACGCAGCAACCUAGCACAGGCAGACAAUCACCAAGACCAAUCGUUUGCCAUGGCCAUCAUGGCGUGCAUCACAGCAGAUGCCAUCUCGGGCAUGACUACGCGGUGGCGGGCGCAUGUCACUGGCGGUUUGGCAUAUCUGGCAAAACUUCACGCCCGAGGGCUGGACGAGGCGGUUGUGGCCGCCUUCCAGAGACACGUGGUUUCGAUGGCGAUUUUAUGCGAGGUCCCUGUCCCGAAUGACAUGAAGGCGUUCCUUGAUGAUGAAACUGCGUCCGAAGGCCUAGAAUUUACGUUUCCUUACUAUGGAGUGUCGAGGUCGUUUUUGCGAGCAUACGAUCGCAUGAAUUCCCUUGGGGACGUGGUGAAUGAUCCCAGUCCAGAACUAGAGAAGGAGUUAGAUACCUUCCAGCUUCAGCAGUACCUCAAUUUUCCCACUUUGCCUCCGCAGGAGAUAUUGGCUCCUUGCCAAACCCACGGCUCGUAUACGGCGUGA